AUGUCGAGAAAUUCACUGGUGACAUCUGCAACAGGACCCGAAACCAGCUCCCUACAAGGUCUUUCAACACCAAAACUCAACGGCACAACAUCAAAUAAAUCCCGAAACGAACCAAACACAUCUAUCAUAGAGAAGAAACCUACUUCAUUUGAUAUAGCACAUGAGAUUGAGCGUGAAUUAGCAAGGGCCACAGAAUUGCUAGAUAAAAACGACAAGGAAAUAGGCGUAAAAAUUGAUUCUGCGUUGAAGAGAGUCUCGGCAUUGAAACAGAGGAAUAAAUAA